AAAAAUUUUUGUUGGGAAUGCUGGGAUCUGGAAUAAGUCUUGGUUAACUGGCAGUCUAAACGCGCAGUUGCACACGUGUUUCGCAUGAUUAUAAAUAAAAACAAUAUUUGUGAUAAAUGUGUUAUUUAUUAUCCUUCAAUAUUUAUACGUUUAUUGUUGUAAUAAUAUCUUACAAUGUAUUUCAAGAAUGAUGUCAUAGUAAUAAUGACAUUUAUAUAAAAAAAAUAGUGAACUUUUCUUUCUUUCAUAAAUGAAAAAAGUUAUAAAUCAAAUUUUGCAUUUAGUUUUGAGAAAAAUCGAAUAGACUUGAUUGAGCCAUGAGGAGACAAGAAUUAAAGACGAAGGCAUUUAAACGUGCUGAAAGCAAUCUGCUGAAUAAACUGAGUUCUAGUUUUUUGAAAAAUUAUCCACAUCAUCUAAUGCCGGGUUACAACUUGAACAGGUCACCAUGUGUUGAAAAAUGGGAUGAGGAGAAUGCAAUGGGACUCUUUCAAGAGUUUCCAUAUAACUGUAGUUUGCCAAAGCCAUUACUGCCACCAGCAAGGUUAACAAGAACAGUGCUUUGUGAAGAAGAUCCAGCAUUGGAACUCCUUACUUUGAAAAGCCAUCUAAAGGAUGAUAUAGACAGGAUAACAAAAUAUUACGAAAAACAUAAGAAAGAAUUUAAACCAGUACAUAAAAAAAGUGUAAAGUGGAAGAUGGAAGAUAAUAGAUAUAGAGCAAAUGUACCUAGAUAUGUUGCAGAAAUAGCAGAAUUACUUGAUAUGGAUCCGGAUCCUUAUUUUGAAGGGACUUAUAACUGGUACUAUACUGGUGGAUCGUUAAAUUAUGUUCGACUAAAUGAUUGGGAUGUUUUGCUAUUUCCAUUUAUGGGGGAUUUAGUUGCUGCACAUAUUAUACCCAUGGAAAAUUUCAUAUGGAAGCCAUUGCUGAAAAAUUCAGCUAAAUGUAAACUACAUGACUCGCUGUAUGAAAUUAGACAAAGCAAGAUUAGUGAUACAUGUAGAAUUUUAGGAAGGCAUAAAUAUCAAUGUGCUCUUUAUACAUUGUCCAAUUCUGAGAAUUGCUUAAUGCUUAAUGAAAUCCAUAGACAAGAAUCAAAAACACCUUAUGUUAGUGCUGAUUUGAGUUUAACGAAUAUUAAUUAUCAUUGUACUCUAAAUGCCGAAAGAAUAUUGUCUUUAUGGGAUAUAAAUAGUACAAAUUACAUUACUAGUGGUUCUGUACUACAAAAUAAUACAACUGAUGAUAUUUGGGGAUGCAUAAGAUUCCAGGAAACUGAUCCAAAUGUUUUGAUUUAUGUAGAUAGAUGUUGCUUACAUUAUGUUGAUACUAGGAUGGCUCUUGAUCAGGCAUGUGUCACAUUAUGCCCGAAAUUUAAUUUGGAAAAUUGUGAGAGUUUGUCAGUAGAAGCACCGAGUAAACAUAAUUGUUGUCGAUAUUUAGGCACUUAUCAUUCAUUUGUAAUGUGCGAUAAUCGUUCUCCAAAGCAGUGUGUACGACAAAAAUGGACGCAUCAGUUCGAAGAUACUCCGUUACUAGCAGCUAUAACUAACAGUAAUGACAAGGAAAUCAUUGUUCUAUCAACUCAAACAGCUGGCGAAAAUAGAAUAAUCUUAAAUACUUGGUUAAACGAGGAAGAGUCUCACUCUUUUAAUUUACCUUUCACACCUCCACAUAUUGCAGAAACAUUAAAUGAAUCUCAAAUGCAAGGAAUGUGCUUGAAUCCAUUUUUGAGAAGCAGAUUUGAAUUGUGUAAUGCUGGCAGCACAUUAGUCACAGAUGUAAACAAUGGAGAUGUAUUCUGCUUUAUUCAGAAUUCUAUUGGUGACAUAUUUUAUCAAUGUAUAACACAUGAAAAGGAGAGCAUAUCAGAUAAAUAUUCUCCCAUAAAUACUAAAGCUUGUUAUGCAUUAAAUCUGUGGGAAGAAGCUUUAUCAGCUCAACCUGAACCAAUAGUACCUUUGACUCUUACUGACAAAUGCAAUAUGCAAUAUAUAUAUGAAAGUUUUACAAAUGAAAAGCUUAAUCCACGUUUAAAAUCCACUGAAAAAAAUGCAGACGAUGGUUUUGAAUCAACCUGGAAACAAUCGUUAUCUACCUUAGCAUCAUACAUAGAUUUAUUAUCGCCGGAACUUCUUGCAGCUUGGAAUAUAUGCGAUGAAGCACCUGUACCGACGGAAAUAAAAUCUCAUCAAAAAGUUUUGAAUUGGUUGGAAGCUUCGACUUCAACUUCGAGUCAUUCUGUCGCGCAAUCACAGGAUGAGCCCGAAUACAUACUAUCUACACCUAUCAGUACUCAAGAAUUGAUUAGUGUGUCACAAGAACACGAUCUUACGUACGUUGACGAUAGUAAUAUACUGCAAGAAAUGCUAUUGCCGAAGGUUAAAUUGCAAACACCUAAGAAGAAGAAACGCAUUUAAAUAAUUUAAUUACAAAUUAUGAUAAAAAUAUUGAUUUGAAAUUUGUAUUUUUGUUAUGUUAUAAAUAAAUAGAAUUAUUUUUUUUGGAACAUUGUUUAUUUUAUUGUAAUAAAAAUUAAAUCAUAAUUAUUAUGUAUAAUAUCUGUUACGAUGAAAUGACUGAAAAUGUUGCGUAUUUAAAUGAUGUGUAUUUAAACGUUUAAAAUUUCAACUUCAAUUUAUUUUUGACUAGCGGUUCCGUAAGAAAGAUGGUUUCCAUCUUGAGGUAAGUACUUUGUUGGUGUCUUGUUGCCUAUUUUGUUCUUCCUCCAUUUGCAUCUGC